ACCUGCACCAAGGGGCCCUCAUUUCUGGCCCCUCCCUGCAUCCUUAAUCCUUGGGUCUCCCACGGGCCGGCUAGGCAGGAUUUGGGGCGCCUGUGCCCUGACGUUCCACCUCGGGCAACACUCUGUCCUCCUCCGCCUCCCCCCCCCACAUUGCAUCAUCAGCAACCUCAGCCCACUGGGUCCAGCCCAUGCGGCCCCAGGCUGAUCCCUGGCAGCCAGUGCUGGGAUGAGCUCACAGAGACUGGGAAGGGGGAAAUGGGGGAGGGGGAGGAGAGCAGAAAUUCAGCAGUCUGGUUGCCAACCCGCCAGGAUUGUCCUGGAGUCUCCAGGAAUGAAUCGUUCCUUGGAGCUUAUGUCACGUCAUGAAACCUCCAGUUAAAACGUCCAACCAAAAGGGGCCAUCCUGGGUGGAGAUACAGGACCCACCCCCGGCAUUCGCCAAUAUAUAGCCAGGGAGCUGCCUGCCAGCUACAGAUCUCCACAGGGAGCCAGCCUGGCUUGGAGAACCCAGCAUGGCCCAGAUCCUGAUGAUCUUAGCGCUUGGCACCGUCCUGACCAACGUGACCCAGGACAGACCGUUGCCUUGGCCUUGGCACCCAGAUCUGUGCCAAGCCUUUGGGUGCCAGGAGCCGGUGAAGCAGGACGAAUGCGGGAAGGAGCUCUAUAAUAUCCAGACCCAUCUGUGCUGCGAUAACACCACACACUGGAAGGUGAAGGAAAAACCCAGCCCGACUUACGACUGCUGCGGCUUCGAAGUCUACGAUCAGAAAACACAGGAGUGUUGCGAAGACCUAAGCAUAAAGCCCAAGCAGCACUGCAGACAAAAGGGCAAGCAAGCCGUCCCCUACAGAUCAGGUGCGGAGAGAUGCAGCUCUCUCUCAGCAGCGCCAGGUGCAAAGGAUGUAAGCAGCGCUUGUCUGGUGACUUUCGAGGAGGUCAGUGACGCUGCCCUAUCGAUAGCAGUUGUUAGCCAAUCCCAGGGCGCAGACAAAUUUCUACAUCUCGAUUGGCUGCACCCAAGAAGAUUCCUAGAUUCCAAGGCCAGAAGAGACCCCCGUGAUCAUCUAGUCCGACUUCCUGCGCAACCAGCCCCGAGAACUGCCCCCAGAGCAUUUCCGGUUUGAGUUAAUAACCCAAAGUAAAGUAACCCUUCUAAUUUCCCUCUUGUCAUGGACUCAUGGGACUUGUGCCUCUCUCGGCUGCGUACGGUCCCUGGGGGGAGCCCCCUUCAGAGCAACAGCCCUUCUCGGGGUCCACUCUCUCUCAGGGGUUAAGCCCCCCCCCGCCUCCUGGAACCUCACCUCUCUGAGCCUCAGCA